AUGAAGCUGUUGGAUACAAAUGAAGGAAGGGUGGCAAUUACAUCAGAUAUGUGGACUGCAAGCAACCAAAAGAAAGGGUAUAUGGCUGUCACAACUCAUUACAUUGAUAGCUCAUGGACUUUGCAAAUUCGCAUUUUGAGGCUGGAAAAAUUUCAAGAUACUGCUAAACAAUUGCGAAUCCCUUGCACCAAAAAGUUGAGUUUAGAUUGUCCAACUAGAUGGAAUUCAACUUACAAGAUGCUUGAUGUUGCAAUAUCAUAUAAGGAUGUGUUUUCCCGAUUAAAGCAGCGUGAAACUCAAUACUCUUGUUUUCCAAGUGAUUCACAAUGGAAACUUGCAAAGGAAGUGCGUAAGAGGUUGGCCAUAUUUAAUGAUAUUACAGAAAUGAUUUCUGGUACAAAAUAUCCAACUGCCAACAUUUAUUUUCCUCAAAUUUGUGAGAUCAAGAUGGCUUUAUCUGAAUGGGUCAAUUCCCCUAAUGAAGUGAUUCAAAAUAUGGCAAAAAAGAUGUUACAAAAAUUUGAUUCUUAUUGGAGUGUUAUUCAUGGGAUCAUGGGAGUUGCUAUUGUUUUAGAUCCAAGAUACAAAAUGGAGUUGCUUGAGUUUUACUUUGAAUCAAUUUAUCCCAUUGAUUUUUUUUCACAAGUGAAUAGGAUCCGAAACUUGUGUUAUGAUUUGGUUUCGGAAUAUCAAGCCAAAAAGCAUCAAGAUUCUACUAGUUCUUUUGAAUCACAAGAUGUGGUUAGUGAUGGAAAGAGUAAAUUGUGUGAUUAUGAUAGAUACAUUGAAAGAAAGAAAAGGGCAAGAACCUCAACUAUGAAAACGGAGUUAGAUCAUUACUUAGAGGAGGAAGUUUUACCAAGAAGUUCAGAUUUUGAUAUCUUAAUGUGGUGGAAAUUGAAUGAGUUAAAGUAUCCAACACUACAAGCAAUUGCAAGGGAUGUGUUAGCUAUUCCGAUCUCCACUGUAGCUUCUGAAUCGGCAUUUAGUAUUGGAGGUUCUAGAUCAAUUGAAGAAUCAACUUUUACUGAUGAGAUUGAAUCCGAUGAUGAAGGUGGAUCUUUGGUCAGUAACAUUACUCAAUGUUUGCAAGAUUAG